AGGCUCAUGGAACCACUGACUAUUGGGAGAGUGGUGGGAGAGGUGGUGGACAUUUUCAGCCCAAGUGUUGGAAUGAAUGUGACUUACAGCUCUAACAAGCAAGUUUCCAAUGGCCAUGAGCUCAUGCCUUGUGUCAUUGUUUCUAAACCUCGUGUAGAGAUUGGUGGGAACGACAUGAGGACUGCUUAUACACUAAUUAUGACAGACCCAGAUGCUCCAAGCCCUAGUGAUCCAUAUUUAAGAGAACAUCUCCACUGGAUGGUCACAAACAUUCCUGGUACAACUGAUGUUUCUUUUGGAAACGAAACGGUGGCGUAUGAGACCCCGAAGCCAGUAGUUGGCAUCCACAGGUACGUGUUCAUCUUGUUCAAGCAGGGACGAAGGCAGACAGUGAGGGCUCCUGCAACAAGAGACCAUUUCAACACCAGAAGAUUCUCAGAAGAAAAUGGUUUGGGCCUGCCAGUGGCUGCAGUCUACUUCAAUGCCCAGAGAGAAACCGCUGCAAGAAGAAGAUGA